AUGUAAUCAAUUCUCAUUAUAGUAUUCAGUCUAAUUCAAGUUCUUUGUUAAGAUAAAUUGCUUAUUGUCUAGGCCAUUUGGAGACACGGAGCAAGAAAUCCUUACUACUGCAAUUAUGAAUGCAAUCUAAAUGUAGCAAAAGGAGAUAGUGCAUAAUUAACACCAACUGGAAUGAGACAAUAAUAUGUAUUGGGAAAAUGGCUUAGAUAAAGAUAUAUCAUAGAUACUCCUUUUUUAACUCCAACUUUUAAUGAAAAUUAAAUAUACAUAGAAAGCUCAGAUUUUAAUAGGUAAUUAUAGACUCCUUAAAUUCUAGGACUCUAUAAAGUGCCAAUUGUAAUUUAUAAGGUAUGUAUCCAGAAGGACCUAAUGUAAUUCAUUUCGUUGAUUAAAAUCUUUCAUUACUUUUACCUCCUAAUAAGGGAGCUUUCACUCCUCCAGGAAUAGGAGAUAAUGCCUUGCCCAACAAGAUUUAAUUAAUACCUAUACAUACAAAACAAAAAGAAAUAGACUACGCUCUUGCUAUGUCUUGCCCAAACGGUCCUGAUAUAGUUGCCUAGAACCUAUAAACAAACUUAUAUAAAGAGGUUAAUGAAGCUUCUGCAAAAUUAUACAAAGACUUUAAUGAAUAGCUAAAAUUAACUGGAGAUAACUAAGUGAAUGAUUUCAUUAACCUCUCCAAUUAUAGAGAUACCCUUAUUUGUAAUAGAUACAAUGGAGAUAAAAUGCCUGAAGAUUUGAAAACUGAAACAUUAUAAUAAAUUGAUGAUAUUGCCAAUUUAGCAUUUAGUCUUGAAAAAUUCUAAACACCAGAGUAUCUUAUUUUCAAAAUUUAAUAAUAGAUAAGUUAAACUUUAUUCAACUCCUUACUUCAAAUAAGUAAUUGAUCGUUUUGAUACUUUUUUGAAUGGAACUUCAAAUAUUAAAUAUUAUGGAUCAUCCUCUCAUGAUUCUACUAUUUUAGCCACAUUAUCCGGUCUUAAUUUAACCAGUGCCUAAUGUUAAGCUGAUGUAUAUCUAUAAAAAAAUCUUACACAGGAAAAUUGUAUCACAAAAGUAUUAUAUUUUUUGAUUUUUAGUAUGUUGAAUUUGCAUACAAUAUCAUUUUUGAACUCUAUAAUAAUUCAAUCACAGGACCGUAUGUUAAAGUAUUAUAUAAUGGUGAAUAUAUGCCACUUUGUUCAAGCGGAGAUUAGACUUGUAAAUAUUCAACUUUACGGUCCAAAUUAAUGGCAUAAUAAGUUGAUUAUUAAAGAGAAUGUGGAAUAGUUUAAGAUAAUGAAAUCCUUGUAAAAUUAUGAUUUUAUUUCUAUUGAUCAGGUUUAUGAGGAAACUCCUGUUUGGGUUUUAACAUUUUUCAUCAUUUUUUUGCUUUUAUUGGUUGCUGGAUUAGGAAUAAUCAUAAUAAUUAAAAAAAAGUUGGCAGAAUUAGAAUGA